CUUUCGUACUUGGUAAAAGACGAAAGAACAAACGAAAUGUCUAUGACUCGUUGAUACGUUACCAACGUGCACAUCGAUUCGCAAGAAUAAUGAAACGAAGGAUUUAUCUGCGCCGCAAGGCUGCAUGGGAAAGAGAUGACCCAGAAGAGACGUUCAGCGUAGACUCUGCCAGUAGCGUAUGUGGGUCGGGCAAAGAAGACCCGUCUGUAGAUUCGUCACGAUCCAAACCAAUUGAAUUAAUGAGUCAAGAAUCUGCCCACGGACAAGGCAACAAUAAUGAAUACGUCAGUGUUCAUACUGAAGCAUCUAGCUUUACCGCUCCCGUCCAAAAUGAACCCGUCAAUCAACAAAAUGUUGGGAAUAACCCGAACGCUGAUGGUCAACCCGACCUUGUGAUUCCCACAUUCCUGGCAAAUGUAUUACAACAGAUAGCCAAUGCACCAAUGUUUCAACCACUUCCACCAUCGCCACCGCGAGUGAUAAGCUACAAAACAUUAAGGGAUAACGGUGCAGAAUUAUUUCUUGGGGAUUGCAUCGGUGAACCCCAAAUUGCAUGGGACUGGAUCGAGCAGAUUGCUCGAGUGUUGGAGGAUCUUAACGUACCCAUUGGCAACUAUCCCCGACUGGCGUCUCAGCUGCUUCGCAAGGAAGCCUACGAGUGGUGUAAGAGGACCGAUGAGAGUGCAGGAACCCCUAAGCCAUGGACAUGGGCACAUUUCGAAUGGACAUUCCAGCAAGAAUAUAUUGCAAAACGUUUUAGCAAAGAAAGACGUAAAGAAUUUUUCGAAUUGCAACAGGGAGACAUGACACUCCCCGAGUAUCGUCAGAAGUUUACCAGUCUUGCUAAGUUUGCAGCAACCUUGGUGAGUACCCCAACCGAUCGCAUCGAGGAGUUCAGGAAGAAACUUUGACCUAACCUCAGGUCGCGUGUGUCCGUCCUAACCACCGUGGAUUUCGCGGAGGCCUACGAUCUCAUAGCCAGGAUAGACAGCGACUUGAGUGCUUGCAUUGAGUAUCUGAAGAUAAAUAAUGUCAGUUCAAGCACUCACCGUCCCAUCAGCUCUAUCUCAAAAGGAAAAAGGCCCUUCCAGGAAUCUGGCAAUCCACACUUCUCAAAAAAGGGGAAAUCGGUGCAGACGCACUCUGUGGCGUCGGAGAACAAAUCAAAAGGGUGGAAACACCCAUUGUGCAAUACAUGUGGGUAUGUUUU